UGCUGAAAGACCUUGCCCCAGAUGGAUCCACUGGCAGCAGAUGGACUAAUGAGACAGCCGUUUAUUUGUGAAUGAAUGAGGAAUGUUAUGCGAUUCGCUGCCAAGAAUUCCACAAAUUAGCGUGCCUUUGCCCCUGGACACAAAUUGCUUCAGUACCCUUGUCUGAGAGCAACCCAAGGCUGGGGAUUUUUAAUGAGAACAUAAGAAACAAGGGAACAUGAGAGGAGAGAGAAGCAGACCCUCUAAUUGAGUUUAGGUUAACCUUCUCCAUGUCACAUAUGGACAGUUGCACGAGACAAUAACACCCUCAUUCCAAUCUCCCCCUCUCUACCCCUGAGCCCCACUUAGAACCAAGAAAGAGAAUAUUUCUGGUACUCGCGACCUACUUACGAAAGGAGUCAAACAGAAACCCCAUGGAAUCUGAGCUGUCGAACCAAUAACAUUGCAAUUUUUACGCCAACCAGAAAGACAGCUCGAAGGUCAAAGCCCUGGUCUCCCGGCAGACAUGGAGUUCAACGGGACCCAUGACUACCCCGGGUUCCCUACGGGGUUCCCCUACAACUCCAGCCUGGACUACGAGGACUACGAACAGGAGACGGACGCCAGCAAGAUCAUCAUCCCGUCCAUCUACGCGCUGGUCUGCUGCGUGGGCCUCACGGGCAACGCCAUGGUCAUCUACGUCAUCCUCAAGUACGCCAAGAUGAAGACGGCCACCAACAUCUACAUCCUCAACCUGGCCAUCGCCGACGAGCUCUUCAUGCUGAGCGUGCCCUUCCUGGCCACGUCGGCCGCCGUGCGCCACUGGCCGUUCGGCUCGCUGAUGUGCCGCCUGGUGCUGAGCGUGGACGGCAUCAACAUGUUCACCUCCAUCUUCUGCCUGACCGUGCUGAGCGUGGACCGCUACGUGGCGGUCGUCCACCCCAUCAAGGCGGCGCGCUACCGCCGGCCCACGGUGGCCAAAGUGGUGAACGUGUGCGUGUGGGGCUUCUCCCUCCUCGUCAUCCUCCCCAUCAUCAUCUUCGCCGACACGGUGCCGGCGCAGGACGGCGGCGUGGACUGCAACUUCCUGUGGCCCGAGGCGGCGUGGUCCGAGGCGUUCGUGGUGUACACCUUCCUGUUGGGCUUCCUCCUCCCUGUGGGGGCCAUCUGCCUGUGCUACUGCCUGAUGGUGGCGCGCAUGCGGGCCGUGGGCCUCAAGGCCGGCUGGCUGCAGAGGCGGCGCUCGGAGAAGAAGAUCACGCGCAUGGUGCUCCUGGUGGUGGCCGUGUUCGUGCUCUGCUGGAUGCCCUUCUACAUCGUCCAGCUGGUCAGCGUCUUCCACCGCCCGCCGGACCCCAUGGUCACCCAGCUGUUCGUCAUCCUCAGCUACGCCAACAGCGGCGCCAACCCCAUCCUCUACGGCUUCGUGUCCGACAAUUUCCGGCGCUCCUUCCAGCGGAUCGUGUGCUUCCGUUGGCUGGAGUCGGGCCUGGACGGGGAGCAGGUGGACUACUGCGCCGUGGCGCUCAAGAGACAGGCCACCUGCGGGCCUCCGGACUUCCCCAAGGAAUGUCUGGCCUCGGACAUGGUGUUCCGGAACGGCACCUGCACCUCUAGGACCACAACACUGUGACGGUGUGACAGAUUGGAGAUAGUAGGGGUUAGCGACGGUUUGUAGAGAUACUCGGUGAGGUAGCGGGUCAGGGGCUGGAGAAGAUACUGACUACACUGUGACCAGGAACACCAGGAGGGGAGAUCUAUACACAGCUAGGGAGCAACAUAUAGUUUAACACAAAAGUAUGCUGACCUGGAGGGAUGCUACAGCAAACCACAAGCACUGCACACAUAACUGGACUUGACACAGCUACUCUUUGAAGUGAACCAGCGCUUUAUGUAAAGAAAACAAGUUACAAUAUGAGUUUGCUUGACAAAUAAUUGUUUGCCAAUUGUAAACUGGAUCUAGAGUUUUAUUUUCUGGUAAACACCACAGUGUAGGUAAAGACAAUCUACACACAACAUUCCAAUGUGAUAAAAGUUUGACAGAUUUACAUUUUUCAUGGCAGGAGGAGAAGUAAUUUUAUGAGAUGAUGAUGUGAGUUGGAAUCAAACCGGUAAAGUGAAUAAUGUCUGUGCACUCCCUACUUGAAGUUGACAUGUUAUUUUUCAAUGCUGAUUGUCCAUGUAUUUAUGUAUUUACUGUAUAUAUAUAUAUAUAUAUAUAUCUGUUGGUUGUUUAUUUGUGUUUGUGAGUCUUUUAGAGGGUUACAAAGCCUGACACUGAACAAUGAACCCAACCAAUUUAUUUGUGAUGUUGGUACAUGGAACACAACAUAAUUAAAUCUGAACAAUCAACAGAGUUCAAAUCCCACAGUCCCUUGGGUUGGAUCCACUUAAUGCUUAAUGAGUGAAUGUUGAAUUCUGUGUUUCUCUUUUGUUAAUCAAAAAGAUACUAUUUUCAAAUCUGAGGAAGAUACUGUAAAUAUGAAUCUGAAAUAAAC